AUGUCGAUCAAGACCCUUAUUCGCAAGCUUUUUAGGGCCACAAUAAUUAUCCGUGUUGAGACGAUGGCCGCUAAGGAGCGCGAGGUUAUCGAUUUGACAGUGCCGUCUAGGGAGACGUCGGUUCAACCUGUGUCGGGUCCAAAGUCGUCGUCUACUACGCUUGGUACUGAUCGGUGCGAGCGCGAGAGCUCUAGGACCUUAUCAAGAGAGACGACACCGGCUCCACUUGGGGAACUUUCGGGAGAAAGGGAAAUCCAAGAACUUGACGGACCACCGGCGAUAUUUAAAGGGAAAGAAAUCCGUCGUCGUUCACCUUCGCCAGCAAUAGUAUCAAGGAGCAGGGUCGAGGUCGAAGUUGUCUCGCCGUCUAGAUCAAGAACGACAGUUGCAGAGGCCGGCAACAGUACAUCCGUCUCCGAAUUAUCCGCCACCGCAGAGCGCGGAAGGAGGCCCGCUCCAACGGCGACCAACGGCAACAGCAGUAACAACAACAGCCCAACCCAACGCAAGCGCCGUUACGAUUCCCCGGAAAUCACCGUAAUCGUCAAAGAGGAGUCCGGGGACUACGACGCGCCAUCAUCCCCAAUAGACGAAUACCCACGCUUCAUCAAGGCCGACGAUUCCGACGACGACGACAAAUUCGUGAUCUCGCCCAAGAAGCAGCGAGGAUGCACGCCGGAAUUCGACUUAUCCCCGAUCCCCUUCUACCGCUCGUCGACGCCAUCUCCUAGCCCUCUGCCCGUUCCCUUCCACCACCCGGAGUACCCGGAUCGCCCGGCCCUCUGCUGUCCGAAGAAGAACCCGGUGCAUCGGGUGAUCGAGCGCGAGGUGUCGACGUCGGGCCGCAACCUAGAUAGGUUAUACUAUAAAUGCCGCGACUGCCCCGGCUACGGCUCCUUCAUCUGCUGGGCCGACUCGCGCCUGACCUGGGCGGCGGGGCGGACGGGCCUGACGCCCAAGGACCGGCUGUGGCCGCGGUGCUGGUGCGGGCACCCGGCGCGCGAGGACGUGACGGGCGAGAUGGCCAAGUACCCCAACACGCUGUGGUACAAGUGCGCCACCGACGCCUGCAAGUUCCGCCGCUACGACUCCGACGACCCGCUCAGCCCCGAGGAGAUCAACCAGUACAGCGGGAACCAGGUCUACUACUUAGGGUAG